AGUGACUGUUGACACUUAUAGUUAAUACUACCAUAAUAAAGGGAGCCUUAAUAUAAAGGGUUACUUAAUGAACAAAGAUGAAGUAAUCUGUCAGAGUUAGACUUUUAGCAGUAAUGAGCACAGUACACACAUCACACUAGAUCAAAUAAAUAGGAUUAUUAAUUAUGAAUCCAGAAAAGGGUCAUUGAUUGUGAAUUGAUGUUUUUUCUUGCUUUAUGUCUUCAUGUGUGACGACAGAUAAAGGUUAAAACAUCAGGAGUGGACUCAGAGCAGCAGAUCCAGUGAUAAUGUUCCACCACAUGAAUGGAAUCUGAAACAUGUUCUGAGGAUUUCCAGGAUGGGAUUUCAUGAUAUUUAUUCUGGUUAUUAAACCAAUCUGAGGUGUGUGACUCCGCCCACCUGCAGCUGUCUCCAUGGCAACAGCAGAGUUGUAUUUAAAUGUGUCUUAAGUGUCAUCGGAUUUCUGUUUAAGUUGUGGUUUUGAGUCAGGACAGUGGAUCUCUUGUCAGAUGAACUUUUUUGCUUUUUCUUUUCCCCCCAGCUGGCGGUGUGUGACAGGAAGGAAGCGGUUUGCAGAGCGGCGAGCUUGACGGCGCUGCAGACAGGAGGUCAGGAGGGUCGAACGUUCAGUGAGGAGCUCACCAUGGCUGGACUCCUCUGUGCGGCUCUGCUCCUGCUCUCCUCCUGCGGCAGAACGCAGACUUUCUCUGCUCUGGCCGCGAACUCGAGUCUUCCUCCUGCAGGAGAAUCUGAAGCCACAGCGGCUCCAGCCUCAUCAACAACUGAAACCGGCAAGACUGCAGAGGAGACGCAAGGAGAGGAGGAACUCCUGAGGAAACAGGAGGAACAGGAAGGUCCUCCAGAGUUUGCGAGGAGGUCCACCAGGAGCCUAAAAGUAACACAGAAGCUCCUCACUGCCCAGAAGAAACGCAAAGGCGCCGCCAAGAAGGUUUCAGCGAAAGCAGAAGCUCGGAUCAAACAGCCCUCCAGGCCGCCGCCGCAAUGUCCUCCUCUGGGCCUGGAGUCGCUGAGAGUGAAGGACGCUCAGCUGAGAGCUUCGUCCUUCAAGCGCAGAGGUCUGGGCCCUCACCGCGGCCGACUCAACAUCCAGUCUGGAGUAGAGGACGGAGACAUCUAUGACGGCGCCUGGUGCGCCCGCCACAGAGACAAGAACCAAUGGCUGGAGGUGGACGCUCGGCGCCUGACCCGCUUCACCGGCGUCGUCCUGCAGGGACGCAACUCCAUCUGGAGCUGGGACGUGGUCCACUCCUACAAGGUUCAGUUCAGCAACGACACUCUGGUCUGGAGGCCGAGCAUGAACGGCAGCCAGGAAGCUGUGUAUGAAGGAAACCAAGAUGCUGAGACUCCCGUCCUGGCCUUGUUCAACACCUCCACGGUUGCACGUUACAUUCGGAUUAACCCACAAACCUGGUACCAGAACGGGUCAGAUGGAGACAUCUGCCUCAGAGCCGAAGUCCUGGGUUGUGCCCUUCCUGAUCCUAAAGACGUCUGGCAGACGGAACCAACGCUGAUGGACGAUCAACUGGAUUUCAGGCACCAUAACUACAAGGAGAUGAGGAAGCUGAUGAAGUCCGUGAACGAGGAGUGUCCUGACAUCACCCGGAUCUACAGCAUCGGGAAGAGCCACGGCGGAUUGAAGCUCUACGUCAUGGAGAUCUCGGAUAAUCCAGGAAAACAUGAACUGGGAGAACCAGAGUUCCGGUACGUUGCAGGGAUGCACAGGAACGAGGUUCUGGGCCGAGAGCUCCUCCUCAACCUGAUGCAGUACUUGUGCCGGGAGUUCAAGCGCGGAGAUCAGCGGGUCGUCCGCCUGGUCCAAGAGACUCGCAUCCACCUGCUGCCCUCCAUGAACCCCGACGGAUACGAGACGGCCUUCAAGAAGGGCUCCGAGCUGGCGGGCUGGGCGCUGGGCCGCUACAGCUACGAAGGCAUCGACAUGAACCACAACUUUGCUGACCUGAACUCGGUGAUGUGGACCGCCAUGGAGCUGGAGACGGACCGCUCCAAACUCAUCAACCACUACUUCCCCAUUCCGGAGCAGUACACGUCUGAGGACGCCUUCGUGGCGUCUGAGACACGAGCCGUCAUCAGCUGGAUGCAGGACAUCCCAUUCGUGCUCGGCGCCAACCUCCACGGUGGGGAGGUGGUGGUCACUUACCCGUUCGACAUGACCCGCGACUGGGCACCCCGCGAGCACACGCCCACCCCCGACGACAGCUUUUUCCGCUGGCUGGCCGCGGCGUACGCCAGCACCAACCAGGUGAUGUCCGACCCGGACCGGCGACCGUGCCACAACAAGGACUUCCUGAGAAACAACAACAUCAUCAACGGAGCGGCGUGGCACAACGUACCAGGAAGUAUGAAUGACUUCAGCUACCUGCACACCAACUGCUUCGAGAUCACCGUGGAGUUGUCCUGCGACAAAUUCCCGCAUGCCAGCGAGCUUCCCCUGGAGUGGCGGAACAACAGGGAGUCUCUGCUGGUUUUUAUGGAGCAGGUCCACCGCGGCAUCAAGGGCGUGAUCCGGGACCGAGAGAGCGGGGAGGGGAUCGCAGGCGCCGUCAUCAAAGUGGAGGAAAUAGAUCAUCACAUCAGAUCAGUGGCUGAUGGGGAUUUCUGGCGGCUCCUGAAUCCGGGCGAGUACCAGCUGACGGUCACCGCGGAGGGGUACAUGCCGUCCUCCCGCACCUGCUGGGUCAGGUACGACCAGCACCCCACCGUCUGUGACUUCCACCUCACCAGGAUCCCAAAGCGGAGGUUGAAGGGCGUCCCGCCUAAGGGGCGGGGGCUCCCCAAGGACCCGCAGCUCCGGCUGCGGCAGCUGCGCCUGCGGAAACUGCGCAGCAGCACCAAGAACAUCAACCAGAGGAGAGCUGCGGCUGCCGCCAGGCCACGGGGGGUCCGACGAGGGGAGGGGGGCAGAGCAUGACUCAGCAUCCAGAGGAGUCAACAGGUUGGAGAUUUAUUUCCAGACUCACCAGAAAAAACCCGACUGCUUUCAUUUCAAACGUCAUCAGAAAAACACUAAAGCAGAAAACGUCGUCCACAAAUGUAAUAAAGUUAUGUGGCAACAGGU